ACAGCUGCUGCUACUGCAACCAACAACAACAGACUGAGCGAGCUGCCCUUUCAUUCCAAGAUGGCAGACCUCCUAGGUUCAAUCUUAAACUCGAUGGAAAAGCCUCCAACUGUCGGCGACAAGGAAAGCCGACGAAAGGCUCGAGAGCAAGCUGCAAGACUUAAGAAGAUGGAGGAGCACGAGAAGAGAAAGAAAGCUGAAUUCAGGAAGAAGAUGGAGAAGGAGGUGUCAGAUUUCAUACAGGACAGCUCACAGCAGAAACGAAAAUACAAUCCCAUGGGGAAGAUUGAGAGGAGUAUAUUACAUGAUGUCGCAGAGGUCGCUGGUUUGACCUCUUUUUCUUUCGGGGAGGACGAGGAGAGCCGUUAUGUCAUGCUUUUCAAGAAGGAGUUUGCUCCUUCAGACGAAGAGCUGGAAGCUUAUCGCAAAGGAGAGGAGUGGGAUCCCAAGCUGGCAGAGGAAAGGCGCAAACUAAGGGAACAAGCCGCAUUGGAAGAGACAGCGGCCAGUCAGACAAAGAAGUCUGAGGCGUGUCCCAACUCAAACUACAGAGACAAGUACAGUCACCUGAUCGGCACCUCGGCUGCAAAAGACGCCGCGCACACACUUGAGGCCAACAGCGCCUACGGCUGUGUGCCGGUUGCAAACAAGAGGGACACUCGCUCUAUAGAAGAAGCCAUGAAUGAAAUCAGAGCCAAAAAACGGCUGAAGCAGGAGGACGACACAGGAGCACAAAGCAGCAGCUCCUGAGUCUCCUCCUUUUUCGCUCUCGGUCUAUUUCUGUGUGUGUGUGGGUGUGUGUGGGUGAAUGUAUGUAUGUGUGUGGGCGGGUAAGUGUUUCAGUGUGAACACUCAAAGUCAUCCUAAUGAUGCAAUAUCCUAUACUUCAUCCAUGUGAUAGAAUAACUUAUACGACAGGUGUUAAGUCUGGUAUUAAAGCUACUCUUAGACACAUGACUGGACACUAGACAGUAGAAGUAACUUGUUUUGAUUUUUUAAAAGUGUCUCGCAGAUGUUCGGUGACUCUAAAACAUCAUUUUUAAAGGCGUACUUUUUGGCAGGCUUGCUGCGGAUUUAAAUUUCUAGAUCACAUUUUAAACAUUAAAUAAUGAGCGAGUGAGCUUUGGAUUCACUUUGGAAGUAAGAUUUUAGGCAGAAGCAUGGCUGAGAAGUCCCAUGUAGCCACUGCAGAUUAAAAGGGAUCAGGGAUGCUGUAUAUGAACCAGCUGUUGUUUUUUUUUUGUCUCAACCUGUUUCAGAGACUCUGUUCAUUUGGGAGCAUUGCCAUGUCCUCCAUUGCAAGAGGAAAACCCCCGUUGUGUGUAUUUUAUGAAUGUGUGUUUGACUGUGAAUACAAGUGUUCUGCUGAACUUAAAUGUAUUGUUCUUAAGCCCUGUGUUGGUUUACCAUUGGCAUCAUGGUAGGGAGCAGAACCAGACUCGUUGGGGUAUUUCUGAGCUCCCAUUUGUUUGUCAUACCUUCGGUAAGUUUGUAGGCAUCUUAAUGUCUGUUUUAACAUGGUUGCACUGUUUUAUCCCCAAUGUGUGUUAAUAAAGGAGAUCGGUCUGUA